AUGGAUCUCAUUGGUAAGAUCUAUCCAGCCAGUAGCAAACAACACUGUUUUAUCAUUGUAGCUACAGACUAUUUUACCAAAUGGGUGGAAGCCAAGCCUGUCAAAUUCACUACAUCUCAAGAGAUCAUCACUUUCAUAGAAGAGCAGAUUAUACAAAGAGAGAUGCUAGAUAUGGCAGAAGCAUUCAAGUUUAAGCUACUUCAAUCCACUCCUUACUAUGCUCAAACUAAUGGGCAAGCAGAAUUCAGUAACAAAGACUUCAAAGAGAGAACAUAUGGCCAUGAUGCAAUUUUGCCUGUGGAGAUAGGAGUCCAGUAUCGCAGAAUUGCUCAUCAACAUAGUCUGAUUGGAGAAGACUACUCUCAAGCCAUGCUACUAGAACUAGAAGGAUUGGAUGCAAGUAGGAUCGAUACCCUCAACAAACUCUUAGCAGGAAAAUAA